AUGUCAGUCAAUGACAUCAAAGAGGAUCUGGAGAGCCAAGGCAUCGCAGACGCCGUGGUUCAGCAGCUGACCUCAAGGACCACAAAGAAGCCACUUCCGCUCUUCCUCGUCAAGACGAAGAUGCCGGAAAAGCUUGCAGAGAUCCAGAGGCUGGCCAUGCUCACGGUCAGCUUCGAGAGGAAGAAAAAGUCUUCCGAGCCCAGCCAGUGCUACCGCUGCCAGCGGUACGGGCACACACAGCGGAACUGCCGUCUCGCUGAACGGUGCGUUAAGUGUGGAGAGGACCACAACAGCACCAGCUGCAGUCUGCCAGCGCCGCCAACAGGGCAACGAAACGCCAAGUGUUGCCUCUGUGGAGAAGGCCACCCCGCCAACUACAAGGGAUGUAGUAAGGCGCCGAAGAAAGCUGCUUCUGCCCCCAAAGCAGUCCCCACCACAAAUAGGACUUCUUACGCCCAAAAAGUGAAGAAGCCUAUGUCCACUUCUGCCCCAGCAGCCGCCACUGCUACUGGAACUACUGCGCAGAAGCAACACGGCGAUGACAGACUGCUAGCAAUGAUGCAAGCCAUCAUAAUCCGCCUGGAUGCACUCGAGGCCAAGAUGCAAGACAAGCACUAG